CCGAGCCUCUGGGACCGCAAAGUGAAGCUGGUGGAGGGUGCCUGAUCUGGCCGCUGCCAGGGGCGGGCGGGACGGCGCACCAUGUACACUAUCACCAAGGGGCCCAGCAAGCUGGUCGCGCAGCGCCGCACAGGUCCCACACAGCAGCAGGUGGAGAGCAGGCUUGGCGAGCUCCUGAAAUGCCGGCAGCCCGUGCCGCCCACCGCGCUACCCGCGCGCGAGCAGCCUUCGGCACAGCCUCAGGGACCCUGGCCCCUUGCAAGUCCAGGGCCAAGGCUUGUGUUCAAUCGAGUGAAUGGCCGGCGGCCCCUAACCACCUCCCCAUCCCUCGAGGGGACUCAAGAGACCUACACAGUGGCCCACGAGGAGAACGUCCGCUUUGUCUCCGAAGCCUGGCAGCAGGUAGAGCGACAACUGGAUGGUGGCCCCGCCGAUGAGAGUGGCCCACGACCUGUGCAGUAUGUGGAGAGCACUCCUGAUCCCCGGCUACAGAACUUUGUACCUAUUGACCUGGAUGAAUGGUGGGCACAGCAGUUCCUGGCUAAAAUCACCAACUGUUCCUAGCAGCUGUCGGGGAAGGAACAUCACCAUAGUGGACCCUUUGUCAGAAGAGGACCAUGUAAGAAACAGACGCGCUGGUCCACCUUGCGGCCUGGCUGGGUACCGGCCGCACCUGAAGUGCCAACAUUUGGACUUUUGCACCUGUCGUUCCCUUGGCUCUGCUGUCCCGAGUUGCCAGAGCCAGGGGCCAAACCUGUCUAACCUUGGUCCUGCUCACUGUGCCCAGGGACCAGCCCCUGGGGCUAGCAGGGAGGAGUUCAGGCUAAUAAAGUUGAGAAACUGCC